AUGUCGGACCGGAGCGCCCCGGGAUGCCGUCUCAGACUGGACUGGGUCUACGGGUACCGGGGCCACCAGUGCCGGAAUAAUCUGUACUACACUGCUGGGAAGGAGGUGGUGUACUUUGUGGCCGGGGUCGGCGUGGUUUACAACACCAGAGAGCACAGCCAGAGGUUUUACCUGGGACACAACGAUGACAUCAUCAGCCUGGCGUUGCACCCGGAGCGCUCCCUGGUGGCGACCGGUCAGGUGGGGAAGGAUCCCUAUGUGUGUGUGUGGGACUCCUUCACCGCCCAGACCGUCUCUCUGCUCCGCGAUGGACACACACACGGCAUUGCCUGCCUCGCAUUCAGCGCUGAUGGACAGCGGUUAGCCUCGGUCGGCCUGGAUGCCAAGAACACAGUGUGUAUCUGGGAGUGGAAGAGAGGGAAGAUCCUGGCUACAGCCACCGGACACUCAGACAGGAUCUUCGAUAUCUGCUGGGAUCCGUUUCAACAAAACCGUCUGGUGAGCUGUGGAGUCAAACACAUCAAGUUCUGGUCUCUGUGUGGUAACGCUCUCACUCCAAAGAGGGGCAUUUUUGGGAAGACGGGCGACUUGCAGACCAUCCUGUGUGUCGCAUCGGCUAAAGAUGACAUCACAUACUCCGGGGCACUCAACGGGGACAUUUAUGUCUGGAAGGGACUCAACUUGAUACGAACAGUUCAGGCUGCCCACGGGGCUGGUAUCUUCAGUAUGUAUGCCUGCGAGGAAGGUUUUGCCACAGGAGGCCGAGAUGGUUGCGUCCGACUGUGGGACGUCGACUUCAAACCGAUCACCAAGAUCGACCUGCGAGAGGCCGAGCAGGGAUACAAAGGUCUGUCUAUUCGCAGCGUCUGCUGGCGAGCCGACCGGAUCCUGGCGGGAACGCAGGACAGCGAGAUCUUUGAGGUGAUGGUGAGGGAUCGAGACAAGCCACUGCUGAUCAUGCAGGGACACAGCGAGGGCGAGCUCUGGGCGCUGGACGUUCACCCUAAAAAACCUCUGGCUGUCACCGGCAGCGACGACCGCUCCGUCAGGUCAGUGCGAGGACACGCAUCCUGGGAGCCCAGUACAACCACAGGCUGCUACAGGUUAUGGAGUCUAGUGGAUCACGCACUCAUUGCUCGCUGUAACAUGGAGGAGGCAGUGCGGAGCGUGGCGUUCAGUGUGGACGGAUACCAGCUGGCUCUGGGCAUGAAAGAUGGAUCCUUUACUGUACUGAGAGUCAGAGACAUGACAGAGGUCGUUCACAUCAAAGACAGGAAGGAGGUGAUCCAUGAGAUGAAGUUUUCUCCAGACGGAGCAUACCUCGCUGUUGGCUCCAAUGACGGUCUUGUGGACAUCUACGCUGUUGCUCAGAGAUACAAGAAGAUAGGAGAGUGCUGUAAAUCCACCAGUUUCAUCACACACCUGGACUGGUCUCUGGACAGCAAAAUCCUGCAGACCAACGACGGAGCUGGAGAACGAAUCUUCUACCGAAUGCCCAUGGGGAAACCAAUUGUCAGUAAAGAGGAGGUGAAAGGUCAGUGCUGGGCAUCCUGGAGUGGCGUUCUGGGCUCAGAAGUCAGUGGCAUCUGGCCUAAAUACUCUAAUCUAACAGAGAUCAACGCCGUGGAUGCCAAUCACGCUGCUGCUGUGCUUGUUACCGGAGACGACCUCGGCCUUGUUAAGCUGUACCGCUUCCCCUGUCUGAGGAAAGGAGCCAAAUUCAAGAAGUACAUUGGUCACUCAGCCCAUGUGACUAAUGUCCGCUGGUCACAUGACCUGCAGUGGGUGCUGACCACGGGUGGGGCUGACCACGCCCUCUUCCAGUGGAGGUUUCUACCAGAGUCAGUCAUGAAUGGAGGACUGGAUAUCAACAUACAAGACAGCCACGGAGACUCCAACAGUGAGGAGUCGGACAGCGACGUGUCGGAUGUCCCGGAGCUUGACUCCGACAUUGAGCAGGAGACACAGAUCAAUUAUGACAGACAGGUGUAUAAGGAGGACCUGCCUCAGUUGCAACAGCAGAGCAGAGAGAAGAAACAGCAGGUUGGAUCUCUGAAGAGACAGAGAGGACCAGCUCAAGGCCUCCGGCUGCAAUUUGUGCAUGGAUACCGCGGUUAUGACUGCAGGAACAACCUGUUCUACACUCAGGGGGGGGAGGUGUUGUACCACGUGGCGGCGGUGGGCGUGGUCUACAAUCGGCAGCUGCACAGCCAGCGCUUCUACCUCGGACACGAUGACGACAUCCUGAGCCUCAGCAUCCACCCGGUGAAGGACUACGCUGCUACGGGACAGGUGGGGAGGGACCCAGCCAUCCAUGUGUGGGACAUCCAGACCCUGAAGUGUCUCUCUUUGCUGAAAGGUUUCCAUCAGAGAGGAGUGUGUGCUCUGGACUUCUCAGCUGAUGGGAAGAGUCUGGUGUCAGUGGGAGUCGAUGACGGACAUUCAAUUGUAGUCUGGGACUGGAAGAGAGGAGAGAAACUCGCUACUGCCAGAGGUCAUAAGGAGAAGAUAUUUGUGGUGAAGUGUAAUCCCAUGCUGAUGGACAAACUGGUCACUGUGGGAAUCAAACACAUCCAGUUCUGGCAACACGCAGGUGGUGGUCUGACCUUCAGGCGUGGUGCGUUCAGGAGUGUCGGCCGACCAGAGACCAUGAUGUCGGUGUGUUAUGGCCGAACAGAGGCACUGGUGUUCUCCGGUGCGGCCACCGGAGACGUGUACAUCUGGAAGGAACCGCUGCUACUGAAAACUGUCAAAGCCCACGAUGGACCAGUGUUUGCCAUGUUCUCCCUUGACAAGGGCUUUGUGACGGGUGGGAAAGACGGCGUGGUGGAGCUGUGGGACGACAUGUUUGACCGCUGUCUGAAGACGUACGCCAUCAAGAGAGCAGCGCUGUCCCCAGGCUCUAAAGGCCUGCUGCUGGAGGACAACCCCUCCAUCAGAGCCAUCACUCUGGGUCACGGUCACAUCCUGGUGGGAACCAAAAAUGGAGAAGUUCUAGAGAUAGACAAGACCGGACCAAUGACUCUGCUGGUGCAGGGUCAUAUGGAGGGCGAGGUUUGGGGUCUGGCCACUCACCCCCUCCUCCCCGUCUGCGCCACCGUCAGUGAUGAUAAAACCCUGCGACUGUGGGAGACGUCAGCCAAUCACCGCAUGGUGGCCGUCCGCAAGCUGAAGAGAGGCGGUCGCUGCUGUGCCUUCUCUCCGGAUGGGAAGGCGUUGGCAGUGGGUCUAAGCGAUGGCGGCGUGCUGGUGGUAAACGCUGACACAUUGGAGGAUCUGCUGAGCUUCCACCAUCGCCGCGACGCCAUCUCUGACGUCCGCUUCACACCAGACUCAGGUAAAUUCCUGGCUGUGGCGUCCCAUGACAGCUUCGUGGACAUCUACAACGUGCUGAGCAGUAAGAGAGUGGGGAUCUGUAAAGGAGCGUCCAGUUACAUCACACACAUCGACUGGGAUGCCCGAGGUAAACUGCUGCAAGUGAACACAGGAGCCAAAGAGCAACUUUUCUUCGAAGCCCCAAGAGGAAAAAGACAGACCAUCAGAAACUCUGAGCUGGAGCGGAUCGACUGGUCCAGUUGGACGUGUGUUCUGGGUUCGAGCUGUGAUGGGAUCUGGCCGACGCACAGUGACAUCACCGACAUCAAUGCUGCGUCGCUCACCAGAGACCGAACGCUGCUCGCCACCGGAGACGACUUCGGCUUCCUCAAACUGUUCAGCUACCCCGUUCGAGGUCAGUACGCCCGUUUCAAGCGCUAUGUGGGCCACAGUGCCCAGGUGACCAAUGUCCGCUGGGCUCAGGACGACUCCACCCUGCUGACGGUGGGCGGUGCCGACACUGCACUAAUGAUCUGGGCGAGGGAGCGUGGAGGCGGGGUCAGCGGAGAGGGGGAGGGGCCUUUGUGUCGUGACAACCGACCGCACGUGGACAGUGAGGAGUCGGAUGAUGACACUGAGGAGGACGGAGGUUACGACAGUGACGUUGCUCGGGAGAAGACGGUGGAUUACACCACUAAGAUGUACGCUGUCAGCCUUAGAGAGAUGAGAGGAACCAAACCUCACCAACAGCUGAAGGAGCUAUCUGCUGAAGAGAGGCAGGGCAUUGUCAAGCCUCCAGUGAGUCGAGCGGCACCGCAGCCAGAGAAACUCCAGAAGAACAACGUCUCCAAGAAAAAGAGACUGGUCGAGGACCUGGUUUUGGAUCAUGUGUUCGGUUUUCGGGGCUUCGAUUGUCGUAACAACCUGCACUACCUCAACGAUGGCACCGACAUCGUCUACCACACUGCCGCCACUGCCAUCGUCCACAGUCUCAGCAACGGAACUCAGAGUUUCUACCUGGAACACACUGAUGACCUGCUCUCUUUGACUGUCAACCAGCACCCGAAGUAUAAAAAUAUCAUCGCCACUGGACAGAUCGGUGACGUCAGUGAACUCCCAGGCACCACUCCUUCGAUCCACAUAUGGGACGCGAUGAGUAAACAGACUCUGUCCAUCCUUCGCUGUCCUCACACUAAAGGCGUCGGCUACGUUAACUUCAGCGCCACGGGGAAGCUGCUGCUGUCUGUCGGGGUGGAACCUGAACACACCAUCACUGUGUGGCGCUGGCAGGAAGGGUCCAAGGUGUGCAGUAAAGCAGGACACCCGGACCGGAUCUUCGUGGUGGAGUUUCGUCCAGACUCUGACUCCCAGUUCGUGUCGGUGGGAAUCAAACACGUGAAGUUCUGGACACUAGCCGGCGGCUCUCUGAUGUACAAGAAGGGAGUGGUGGGAACGGUGGAGGACGGCAGGAUGCAGACGAUGCUGUCUGUCGCCUUCGGUGCUAACAACUUAACGUUCACUGGAGCCAUUAACGGGGACGUUUACGUGUGGCGGGAUCACUACCUGCUGAGGGUGGUGGCCAAGGCUCACACCGGGCCAGUCUUCACCAUGUACACCACGCUGAGAGACGGACUCAUCGUCACCGGCGGGAAGGAAAGGCCGACUAAGGAGGGUGGCGCGGUGAAGCUCUGGGAUCAGGAGAUGAAGCGCUGUCGAGCCUUCCAGCUGGAGACGGGACAGCAGGUGGAGUGUGUCCGAUCCGUCUGCAGAGGCAAGGGUAAGAUCCUGGUGGGGACAAAGGACGGGGAGAUCAUCGAGGUCGGGGAGAAGAAUGCUGCGUCUAACCUGCUGCUGGACAGUCACGCUCGGGGAGGAAUCUGGGGUCUGACUGCUCAUCCCACUAAAGAUCUCUGCAUCACCGCCAGCGACGACGCCACCAUCCGACUGUGGGACCUCACUGAUAAGAAACUGUUGAACAAGGUGUGUGUCGGCCACGCAGCACGGUGUGUGAGCUACAGUGCAGAUGGAGACAUGCUGGCGGUGGGGAUGAAGAACGGCGAGUUCCUCCUCCUCCUCGCCAACACACUAAAGAUGUGGGCGAAGAAACGAGACCGCAGCGUCGCCAUCCAGGACAUCCGGUUCAGUCCGAACCGGCGACUGUUGGCAGUUGGUUCGGUGGAGAACACGGUGGAUGUUUACGAUGUGAGCGGAGGACCAAAUCUGAACCGGCUGGUUUACUGCAGCGAAAUCCCUGCUUUCAUCCUGCAGCUUGACUUCUCUGCUGACAGCUGUUAUAUACAGGUGUCUACAGGAGCUUAUAAGCGGCAAGUGUUUGAGGUUCCUUCAGGGAAGUUGGUGAGCGACCAGACCAUCAUCGACAGAAUCACCUGGGCAACCUGGACCAGCGUCCUUGGAGAUGAAGUUUUGGGGAUUUGGCCGCGAAACGCAGACAAAGCUGAAGUCAACUGUGCGUGUGUGUCUCACGCCGGCCUGAACAUCGUCACCGGUGACGACUUUGGAUUGGUCAAACUGUUCGACUUCCCCUGCACAGAGAAGUUUGCCAAACACAAGCGCUACCUCGGCCACUCGGCUCACGUGACCAACAUCCGCUUCUCCCACGAAGACAAAUACGUGAUCAGCACAGGAGGAGACGACUGCAGUGUGUUUGUGUGGAAAUGCCUCUAAACGCAGAGAUUUCUGCCGCCUGGUGACGCUUUUAUCCAAAGCGCCUUAACAGCACCACAAGUGGAUCCAGAGGGAAUCCGACCCACAACCCGAACGUCUUUGUUAGACAGCGAGUCUCCUGAAGAGAUCACAAGCUGAAGAUGGAAGAAGACUCGCUGCUGCGAUGCAAAGCCGACUUCAGUGACGAGACGUUUACAUUUUAUUCUGGCUUUUUUUUUAUUAACACAUGAGGCACUUGAUGAUGAACCACGUGACCGUGAACAGGAACAAACCAUCAAGAUAGCUAAAGAACCAUAAGAAGCAUCAGCUUUUUCAAGGAAACAUCAGUUGGCUUUUCUUAGUGUUUCUUUUUGUUUUGGUCCAUUUGGAUUCACAACUGUCCAGUGAGAAGCCAACGAGCUCAGAAACAAAGGCCAUGUGACUCACUGCGACAGUGAAGGAGAGGAUUAAUUCGCUGUCAUGUUGUUCUGCUCAGCUCUCUGAGUAAAUCACUAUCCAUCAGAAGGCCUUGCUGCAGUUGGUUUGCCUCAGAUGACAAACUGCACCUCCAGGUCAUUCAGUGAUCAUGUGAUCACCUGGAGUCACAUCAGAAGUGUCAGAAACAAACAGAAAGAAGGUUCAAUGUAACGACUUUUAAAUGUUCGUAAAGAAAAAGCAGGAACUGUCUGAAAGAGCUCAGUGGUUCCUCCCGUCCAGGGGUCAGACGUAUAAAACGUCUGGUGUAUGAAGCCGUGCAUACACAUUAUGUUUUAUGAAUCUCAAUCACUGUGGAACUGCUUGUUUCACUCCAUACGUGUACCUUAAAUACAUUUAUACUGUGGUCUGGAUGAAUACUCUAUUCUGAUUGGCUGUCCAUUAAUUCCUGAUGUGUGGAGGGAACUAGAAACAUUUCCUGUUGCAUAGUCGUAUAUAUGAUUCAUCCUAUUUACUGGAGUAGUGAACAAUGUUUCCAUUGCAUUAGAACCUAAUGGGAUGGUAAUUGCAUUUGUUAUGAUGACAUUACUUACGCCAUGUUGAACCGCCAUGUUUGUACGGUAGCCUAAAAUUUUACAAACCAAACACUGGCUUGUUUGCGAUCUGCAUGCAAUCUAGAUUCCACUAAAUCCCACACAAUGCGUUUAUUUAUUUAUGCGUUAUAAAUAAUUACUUUCUAAACUUUAAAUUAACUUUGAUUCUUGUUUCUGUAGUCAUAAAGUUUGAAGGGUGUCAAGACAGUGAAAUCAAGUUUUCAGGAGCUUUAAACUUCAGAAAUGGAACAGUUUAGUUUAUAGCUCUCAUAUCUAAUCACACUUUAAAUAAAAGAUCGAUUAAUCAAUAAAUUAUCCCUCCAAUGUUAAUAUAACCAAUAACUGAUUGAGAAUAAUUGAGAUUUAUUAAUAAUUAAAUGCAAAAUAAUGGUACACGGAUAAUGUUUUAUUAUUAAGAUUCUUUUUGGUUGCGUUUGCUCUUACGCAUCGUUCAUACAUCUGACUCCUGGAUUCAGAAGCUUUCUGACACAUCUCCUAAAGAUACUGAUGCUGCAUUCAGGUUACCAUGGGAAAAAACAACAUCCAAAUGAAAAGUUGACAUUGAGAGAAUGUUUCAUAGCAAACAAAAGCGAGGAAACCACGUAAAGGAUAAACUGUAACAGCGGUUUAUAACUGACCUGGUUAAACUGUUGUUCAUACAAAUCCUUAAGGACGUUCUGUACUGGGAUCACUGGGAGGAGACACUGGUCUGGGAGAAAAGUUGAUUUAUAAAAGAUCUGAUGCAGUUUCAUUAUAGAAACCUCCUGAAGUUUGUCUGAAAGAAACUUGACAUUUGAUUUAAAAUCACUUUUCAUUUCCAAGAGCCUUUACUGUGUCUGUCGUUGGAUAUCAUCACACUUAAGUGCCUUUCUGGAUCUUUCUACCUGUGUUUGUUUUCUUUUGGGGGGAAAGGGAUAUUUCAUAAGCUGUUUUUUUUUUAUUUAAUCCAUAAUUAAGGUUAUUUUGUACUCUGUCUGGUGCUACACUGAGAAUGUUCAAACUUAUUCAUCCAAAAGGAACAGGAAAAAAAACAUUUUCUUUGCUGCUGCUUUUUGUUUUAAAGACAUGACACAUCCAAAGCAUCGUGAUCGUAAAACAACAUGGGACAUCUGAGGAUGUUAGGAGGAGUAUUUAUGGAAAUAUUUAAAUGUUAUUUAUGCCUAAUCUACAGUGUGGAUGACUUUUCUGUGUCUGAACUGUUGAAUAUUAACUGUUGUGAAAAGUGUCAAAAGAGUCUGUUUAUAUGAAGUUAAAUAGAAGAAAAAAGUUCCAGAGGUCACACACCUGAUUUGUUGACUCCUUCACCGUGGACACACACUGAAGUAUUCACUGUAAUCAUUGUUUAUGUGUCUGAAAAGAAAAAAUAGUUUAACUGACACAACAAAAAAUGCACAUCAAAUUAGAGUUUUAUACUCAAAGCAGUGAGCUAACGGAGUCUAAAUGUAUCACAAAUUGUAACGGAAAUGUGAAGUAAUGCCUGUUUCCAUCCACUACCGUUCAAGAUGAGCAGUAGGAGGCGCCAAUUCUACAGUCAGAUAAAAGGGCGCAACAAGAUGACACAAUUAAAAGCGCCAGUCGAACCUUACAGUGCAAAACGAUGCAGAAAACAGGAUGGAAGUAUGACAGUGUGUUAAACAUCCGCGAUAAUUGAUGGAUAGAAGAGCUAUGAGGAGACUGUUGGAGCGAUACACAGCUGAUCAGUCAGGGCUACUUCAGAACUUAUUCCGAAAAAAAAUGUCCCAUCUCAUUAAGCGCAUUAAAGAGCAACUACACCCCCAUGUUCUGCUAGCUCCUUCCCUCCCAACUAAUUACAAAUAUGCAGCAGAGAGAAUCAUAUAGGGGCAUGGCCAUGUGACUACACAGUGUGUGAUGCAGGAGGUAACACCGGCCAGAGUGACAGCUAAGCUACGUUUAGUAAGCCAGAAGUGACCGUCACUGGAAGCACAUUCACAGCCAUUUGUAAAGGUUUCCGUGGGAUACUGGUGUUGUAAAGAGGCUAACUCUCUGGUGUCUAUGGCAGAGUUUCAGGCUACCGCUACGUAGCAGGCCACAGUCUGUAGAGUCGAGACGUUGGUCUUUCAUAAGCAGGGUUGGUUGGUGAUGAAAGCUGCCACCACAUGCACACCUGCCUGCAGAUCAGCCAAUAGCAAAAUUCAAUUGUAAUAGCCGUGUUUCCACCAGUAGAGGGCGGUCACUAUGCAAUCUUAUAGCAAAAUAUGUAGAAUUCAAAUGCUUUGCCCUAAAAUGUCCAGAUUUGGACCUAAAUCGAUGAACACUAGUAAAUACCCAUAUACAGAGGUUUUCAGCAGAAUAUAGUUCUACUGGGGUUUAGUUACUCUUUAAGUCUUUUUCAAAAAAGACAAAAACCACCUCAAGUAACAGAAUUUUGCCAUUUCCACCAACCUUUUCCAAUGCAACACUUCAAAAGUAGCAGAACAAUAUGUUGAUAGGAACACGACUACUAAUAAGAUAUAAGGUCAGGUGUCAAAAUCAGAGCAGCAGAGUAGGUGUGAGAAUAUUAAACUUUAAACAGUUAACUUCACAGCAAAACAGAAAGUCACACUUGUCCCCUCUGGCCUGCCGUAGUUUAAAAAAGGAUGUCUAAAAAUGUUGAUCUUGACGUUAUAAUCAGCGUUCAACACUUCUGUAAUCUAGAAAAGAAAAAAGGUUUGACUAUAUUUUAACUGUGCUGUUGAUUCAAAUCUGAUGUACAGGGUGUUUGUGCGGAGUGCAUGUGUGGUGGGUUUCUCCACGACAUCUGCAGAUACUCAAAGAAAAAAAAAGAAAUAUAAAACAGAAGAAGCCAAGGAACGUCCACAGAAAAAGAGAAAAACAGUGCAGUUGUUGAAGAUGUAAAAUAGUGCACUGAGAUCAGUUUUAGUUUGUAAAUGUUUUUCUGUGUACAGGUUGUCAGAUUGUGUAGCUUUUGUUUUCACAUCAUUUGUAUCAUACUGUACAUGGAAAUAUAAAUGAUGCUCAGAUGCAUGAAUUUAUUUUUAAACCAAAACAUGUUUAUUGAUGAUUGAUGAGAUUUUAUGCUGUGAAUUAGGUUCACCGGUUGAUUUUUAUACCGAGCUGAUUGUGAUCAAAGUGUGUGAGUGUGUGUGUGUGUUUAAAUGUACAAACAGAUUAAAUGAGACUCGUGCAAGAAAA